UCAUUCAUUGCACAAAACGGAGUGUGAAAUGCGUCAGCUGUCAAAGCAUACAAAUACCUAUUGUUAGUCUUCUUAUCGUUUUUUGUAAUUAAUUUACAUUAAACGUUGUGCCGCUGAUCAUGUUUACGGCGAUAAAGUAGUGUUUACGUUCCUGUAUUGGCUGUAAACGGUAAAUACCCUCGCGCUCAUGACAAGCUCUUUAUAGAGGAGCAAACAUGUUGCUAGUCCACACGUGUUUAUUUGUGUUAUUUGCACUUUUUAUUGAUAAUUGUGCGUCUCGGUCUGUGGAGGAAAUCGACGAACAUUUCCUCUUGCACCCCAAGUACACGAGAUACGAUGAUUUGUUGAAGUUGACAAGUGAAUUAGAAUCGACUUACCCGGAUCUGAUUAAGUCAUAUUCUAUUGGGAAGUCAGUGCAAGGACGGCAACUGUUGGUGCUGCAAAUAAGCGAGGAUGUGAAAACGCCGCAUUAUGAGCGGCCGUCGUUUAAAUACGUGGCUAAUAUGCAUGGAGAUGAGUCUGUGGGGAGACAGCUGAUGGUGUACCUGGCGCAGUACUUGCUGGCUAACUAUGGGAAGGACGAGAGAGUGACGAGGCUUCUAAACACGACGGACAUACACUUGAUGCCGUCACUGAACCCUGAUGGCUUUGAGAGCAGUGAGGAGAGUAACUGCGAAUCCCUAAAGGAAUAUAAAGGCCGGAAUAACGCUAAAGGCGUGGACCUAAACAGGGACUUUCCAGAUCAGUUUGACAAGCACAAAUCCAAUGAUGACGAGUACAUGUUCGGUGGUCGGCAACCGGAGACCGUGGCGUUGAUGCGAUGGGUUACCGGCAAGCAGUUUGUGUUGUCAGGGAACCUGCACGGUGGCGCUGUUGUAGCUAGCUACCCUUAUGAUGAUUCCAGUACGGGCAAAGAAUGCUGCGAGGAAAGUCGUUCCCCCGACGACUCCCUGUUCAAGCACCUGGCGAAUGUGUACGCGUCUCGCAACGCGGAGAUGAGGGCGGGGGACACGUGUCCUCCCGAGCACUUCGAUGGAGGACUCACUAACGGAGCGCAUUGGUAUUCUGUACAAGGUGGCAUGCAAGACUUCAACUACGUGCAUUCGAACUGCUUUGAAGUGACCUUCGAGCUGUCUUGCUGCAAGUACCCGCCGGCGUCAGAACUGCCCAAGUAUUGGGAGCUGAACAAAGACUCCUUGCUGUCUUUCAUAGAACAAGCCCAUUUAGGAGUCACCGGAGUAGUGGUGGAUGAAGCUGGGGAACCAGUCAAGAACGCUCAAAUCAAAAUAGAAGGCAACGACCACGCUGUGCGCACUACAGAGCAUGGCUACUACUGGCGCAUGUUGCUACCCGGACAAUACAACAUUACGGCUGUUGCUUCUGGCUACUCAAUACCUCCAUACACAACGAUAACCAUCCCAGACGACCAAUUGUCUCCGGUCUCGCUGAACAUGACCGUCCACCGGCAUCCUCGCUCCCUGACGGCGGUUCAUACAAGGCGGGCGCGUCACGAACUGGACGGUAUUUCCCCCGUAGACUUCGCCCACCACGAUUAUGUGAAGAUGGAGAGCUUCCUCAAGGAGCUGAACGAACAGUACCCUCGGAUCACCAAGCUGAGCAGCAUCGGCAAGUCGGUGGAGGGCAGGGAGUUGUAUGUGCUCGAAGUUACACAAGAUCCUGGAAUGCAUAAGCCUGGCAAGCCCGAAUUCAAAUACGUGGCGAACAUGCACGGUAACGAAGUCAUAGGCCGGGAGCUUCUCCUGCUUCUAGCCAAGUACCUGUGCCAGGAGUACGUGAGCGGCAACCAGAGGAUACAGAGGAUGCUCAACACGACCAGGAUCCACCUUCUGCCCAGUAUGAACCCUGAUGGCUAUGAGAAGGCUAGAAUGGGAGAUUACAGCAGCCUCCGCGGCAGAAGCAACGCCCACAACGUGGAUUUGAACAGGAACUUCCCUGAUCAGUUCGGUGCCACCUCAGACAACAGGGUUCCUGAACCAGAAACCCUGGCGGUGAUGAACUGGUCCCUCUCUGAACCCUUCGUCCUGUCUGCUAACCUUCACGGAGGAGCGUUAGUCGCCAAUUACCCUUAUGAUGGCAACCCUGAUAUGCAAAGCGGGUUUGAAUAUCUGACUCCGGACAACCCUGUGUUCUUACAUUUGGCUCAUACUUAUUCUGAGGCUCAUCAUAAAAUGCAUUUGGGACAACCCUGCAAGAAUCUACCCAGCGAAAAGUUCCCACAAGGCAUUACUAAUGGCGCUAAAUGGUACGUACUAGCAGGCGGUAUGCAAGACUGGAACUAUCUACAUACAAAUGACAUGGAGAUUACAUUGGAACUCGGCUGCUUCAAGUUCCCUCCGGCGGAAGACUUGCCUACUUACUGGGAGGACAACAGGGAGGCUUUACUCAAGUUUAUUGAACAGGUACACACAGGUGUAACCGGUUUCGUCCACAGCCACAUCGGACACCCACUGGCAAACACAACUAUCAAAGUGGAAGGUGUGUCCCACACCGUCAAGACUGCCAAGGAUGGUGAUUACUGGCGACUGUUGGAGCCCGGCACUUACAACAUUACUGCUGUUAAACAGGGCUACGAAAGUAUAACAGAGCAAGUGACAGUUCCCGAAGAAGGCUCCGUCAGCGUCAACUUCACUCUAAUGGCCGACGACCCUCAACAUUGGUCCUCCGCCUACGACUUCCGCGUGUUGGACAACAUAAUAAACACUCGAUACCACACGCGCCUGGAGAUGUACGCAGCACUGUCCGAGCUGGAGAACCGGUUCCCAAGCAUCGCGGAGUUCAGGGCCGGAGACAGCAUGCUCACCUCCACCUUCCACCAGCUCAAGAUGACUGAUGAUGUCGGCUCACCAGAAGAAACGAAAUUCCACAUCGCCAUUAUGAGCAGUUUCUACGGCUCGCAGCCUUUAGGCCAGGAGAUGUUACUGAACUUCGCUCGCCACAUCGGAACAGCCUACAUGAUCGGAGAACCAGUGCACAAGCGUCUUCUCCAGAACGCAGUGCUACACUUCAUACCAAACUUAGACUCCUUAUCUGACAAAAUCAUUAAACAGUAUGAUGAAACCGACAGAUGCGACAUCGAGGCCUUAGAAGAAGAAUUCGGAGACAGUCUAUACGCCUACCUAACUAAGAAAGACUUAAAUCCCCUCUCAAACUACAGUAGAGAAAUCUCCUUCAUUAAUAUGCUAGAAAGUGAGAAGUAUGAUGUGAUUCUAGAACUUGCUUCUGGCUCAGAAGACGUUAAAUACCCGGAGUUAUCAAAGAACUUGUUUGAGAAGUUUGCUAAGACGUACCAGGAUAGCAGAGUUACUGAGGAUAGGUACCAGUGCAAGGGUUCUGGAGUCAAACAUGAGGAUCUGAUAGAUGUGCUGUGUGAGCGGUAUAACACGCCCGUGAUAUCUGCCGGCCUCAGUUGCUGUAAGAUGCCGGUGGACAAAGAUAUUGCGUGGGUUUGGAGAAGUAAUCUCAGAGGGAUUAUGAAGUUUGCUGAGCUGGCUAAUACUGGUGUGGUAGGCUACAUAAAGAACGAGGAAGGCAUCCCGAUGCGCGACGCUAUAGUGGCGGUGACGGGCGUGGAGCGCCAGUACCGCGUGUCCCGCAACCUGGCGCACUACCGCAUCAUGCUGCCGCCUGGCGUCUACCGGGUCAUUGUGCGGUGUCAUAACUACCAGGAUCAGAUGUUAGUAUGGUCAGUAGUGGAAGGCGUGCUGAAGAGUAAGGACAUAAUAAUGCGUCGCGUCGACUCGGACACCAUCCCCGGAGGACAGUUCGCCGAGGUGAAGGUAGAUGACAACCCCAACGUCGUCUAUGUCACUGGUUUAACCCUCGACCGCAACAGCAUACCCCUGCCAUCGGUCUCAGUGGACAUCCGACCUUUAGGCGCGAAGUCUCCAAUAGCCAAGAAUCAGAGUGACACCUCAGGACGAUAUGUGCUCGCCCUACCACUGGACUAUAAGGCUAAAGAGGUCGUGGCCAGCGCGUCUGUGAACGGGUACAUUACGAAACAAAAGCAUAUUGUGAUAAACGGCAAAGAGAACUUGACUCCGAACAUACUGUUCAAGCUGGAGAGCGAUGACUACGUGUUGGGCAUGCCACGACUUGUCUUCGUCAUGCUAGCAGGUGUGAUCGGCGUGGCGGUGGUGACGGUGUCAGCGUGGUGCUUCAGCUGCCGCGAGCGCGCCAAGGACUCGCGCCGCCAGUACAUGUUCACGCAGAUACCCAGCGACGACAAACGACCGCUCUGCGACGAUGCCAGUGGAUAUGACAUAGUUCGCAAGCCUUACUUCGACGAAGAAGACCUGCCGCCUUCAGAAACGGAUUCCGAGGAAGAAAUAGUACUACUCAGGUCAGACAGGGAUUGGAAACAAGCGGACCAAGAAUAAAACGAAUACAUGAGUAAAUAUUCAUAUUUUAUAAAUAAAGACUAAUGUCACUGUCAACCAGAGAAAUUAGUACGAGUUUCCUAUACGUUCUACGAGAUAGCAACAAGACCGGCGCUGUGAUUGGUUGGUUCAUUGAAGCCGGCCAAUCACAGCGCCGAACGCGGUCUCGUUUCAAUCUCGUUAUACGUAAAGCUAACUCGUACUAAGGCCCCAGGUAAAUUAAGAAAUUCAACUAUUAACCAGUUUUAAUAACCAGUCUUAUUGACGUUUAUAAGCUCGUUUACUAAGUGAUCCAUAAAACAUUUAGAUACGCAUUUAGGUUGGCUAUUGAGCCUCGUCUUUAGUAAUUUAAUAUCACAAACUGAAGCUCUGAAGAAUUCAUACAAAUGAAAUAGAACAUGACAUUGAAAACAUUGAAAAACUGAAUAGAAUCAAUGAAUUGACCCGUUUUGUAAAAAAAUCUACUAUCACUAUUAUAAAACAAAUGUUUACUACUUUUGACUACAUAUCGACAAUAAUUCAUAUCAGUUAGGUUAUAAAGGUCAAAAUUUGGGUCAAACUUACCCCAGUGGGCUGUAGUAACCCGAGCUUAUCAGUACCUAUUUAUGACUUGUAAUGAAAUAAACACAAGACAUAUCAUUACUAAUUAUUUCAAAAUGAUAUAUUAUGUAGAGAAAAGAAAUUACAUACUUAAGUUUCUAUUUUAUUCUUAUUUAUUGAUUCAGUACCAUUAGUAUGAGUUUACUCUGAUUGGUUGGUUUAUUCGCGCCGGCUAAUCAACGCACUCUCGUCUCGAUUAUUUUAAACGUAAAGCAAACUCGUACUAAAGGUACAUAUUACACUAUUUCACUCACACAUCUUGCGUUUAUUUCAUGACAAAGUAAUAUUGAUUGUUAUUAAUAAAAACGUUGUUAAUAUUAAAAAAAAAUCGUGUGGAAUUAGGGACGAUAUUAUUUUUUAAAUAAAUAAUUAAUUUAUAAAUCUAGGAGAUCGAGUAUUUAAAUUACAAAUUAAUAUAUUAAUAAUUGAGAUGAUCUCUAGAUGAUAAUCUUGUGUUUGUAAUCUAUCAGUAUUAGUAAAAAAAAGAUACAUUCUUGUUUAUACAUUUUUUUAAAUGGCCACCCAUUGGCACACACAUUCCAAUCCUUUUUCAAAUUUUAACAAAAAAUAAAUAAAUACUAAAUAGAGUUUAAACUUACUAAAUUGAAAAAAAAAGUAAUUGUAUCUUAAUUUAUUAUACGCCGUAAAUCGUUAUAAUUAAAAUGGCAAAAAUAAAUACCAUCUUUUUACCGAUACCGUACUCUUAAAUAUAUAAAUUGUACCUACGAAACAAAUCCUAUAAUAAUAUUUAUGUAUCUACUUUAUAUUGUAGGUAGAGAAUUAGCAUAUAAGAUUAUUUAUUCCUAUUUUAUAUGUAUACAUUCCAAUAUUAUUCCGAAAUUUUAACACUUUUAUAUGUAUAGCGUGAGUUUUACGUGAUGGUUUCAAAAUGAUUUUGACUCGAUAUAAAAUAUUAUUUUUUUAGUUUAAAUUUUAAAGCUACUUCAAACUAACGGUAAUAAGUAGAUCGUGGGAGUCGUUGCCCCAACACUAGUUAUGCAUUAGUCCAAUAAUCAAUGAAAAUAUUACUAAAAAAAAGAUUAUUUUUUCCAAAAAUACGUGUAAGAAAAAUGAAACUCAAUAUUUAAAUGGUCAUGAGGACAAAUGAUUCUUCCGUUUGAAAGCAAUUACAUACUUAUUAUUGACGCUAUAUAUUACAUACGUGCCUUAAAUUAUAUGGUAGGUACAGGGUUUGACAAUACUUUUUAUUGUAAAAGGUUACUCAUUAUAUAUUUUCGAAGGAUUUUUUUAUGAUAUUCAUGACUAGUGUUUUCUGUAUCACACAAAUAAAAAUAUGUAUUCUUAAUUUGCGUGUAUACCUUUUAAAAUAUUGUAAUUGCUAUACAAUUUAAACUAAGUAUUCUCUUCUUUAUAAGUAAACUGUGAACUUUUAUCCUACAAUCAUGAUUUUAUAUUAAUUUAGACAUUAAAACGACGUACCUAUUGUACCUAGAAUUUUUGUAUAUUUUAUGUUGAAAUCGACAUUAAGUUGCAAUAGUAAAUUAUAAACAAUAUUUAUUUAUAUGUAUGUAUGUUUAAUUUGAUUAUUUAGUGGUAAUUAAUUUAUUAACCCUUAAAUUGGCACUGUACUCCACUAAUACCAUAAACUUUAAAAAAAUCUUAUGACCCAAAUAUUUAAAAAAACCUAAUUUUUUUAUAUUAAAUAAGUAGCAAUAAUUGUCAAUCUUGGUAGAACUUUAUUGUAAAUUGUGAUAAAAUCGAAAAUAAUUUGUCAAAUUCAAAAUGUUUUCGAAACGGUCUGGUGUCUCUGCGACCCGGGUAAGGUUUUUAUUGUUUUCUUUACUUUUUCGUUUGGGAGUGCUGGGUUUUUGGCUUUGAGGCACAGGGGGGCCUAACAAGUAACAUAAAAUAUUCGAUAUUAUUGCUCUAAUUUACGUAAUAACAAUAUUAUAAGCUAGAAUCAAAGUAUGUACUCCGUGAAUACCGUUGCCAGAUCAGUACGAAAUAGACUUUGGUAUACACGAAGUACAUUGCCAAAUGCAUAGUGUUAAUCAAUAUAUAUUUUAUUUCUAUAUUUUAUAUAUUAUAAUGACAAAAGUUGAGUUUCUUUUUUUACGUUUGAUGGGUUGACUUUUGACUGCUAUCUCGCCUGUUCGUACGUGAUGAUGCGGCCUACGAUGGAGCACGUCUGCCCAUAAGCAACCUAUUCACUCGGAUUUUGAAGACACCCAGGUUAUACCCAUCAGGAAACACAGAUUCCGGCAAAGAAUUUCACUCUCUAGCAGUUCGCAUAAGGAAGCUUGAAACAAAGCGCUUGGUGCGAGUGGGUGGGAUAUCUACCAUGAAGCGGUGGUGCUUCGCCGAUUGUCUUGUGAUUCGAUGAUUUAAAGGACUAGGGGGAAUCAAGUUGCGCAAUUCCACCUUGCACUCUCCGAAAUAAUCUUGCAGAGUAUGAACGUGACUGAUGACGUCAAUUUCAUACUAAAUAAUUUUUGUUUGUGAUGAUUUUUUUAUAAAUAAAGUAAUAAAUUAACAAAAUGAGUAUUAGUGAUAUAUUGGCAGUGUGCUACACGUAGUACAAACGUAGUUUACACUAUAAUUGGCAAUGUACCCUCUGAAGUACACAGGUUUUCGCGAAAACUGUAAUAUACAGAUUUUUUCCAUAAUUUUUUUCACUCCUCUUGGAUCAUAAUAAAUACAAAAAUAACAUUAAAAUGACAAAUUUAAGAAAUAAAAGUGCUUGCCAGUUUAAGGGUUAAAUAAGUCUACGAACAUUCUUAGUUUAAGUAUUUAAAGAAUCUCUCAUAAGUUUGUUUCAAAUCAGCAAUAACAUUUUUAACGAAUUUAUUAUCUGUGUAUGAAGAUUUUAGAUGUUAAUAGAAAGAAAAAUCAAUAAUUACGAAGGUGCUUUCAUAAAUUGUGCUUUAUUUUUCUAUAUAUAUUUGUAAUGUGAUAGUUCCGUAUUGAUAUCUUAGCGAUUAUUAAUAAAUUUUACUAGUUAA